AUGACGAGCUCUUCUUCGCCGGAAUGGAGAGAUUCAGACGAGAAUGACGCCCUCAUCGGCCCUCCGAUCCCCGCAAAGUACUCUGCUGAAGAUACCAGACCCACGAGCAAGAAGGAGCUGGCUGGGUGGUAUAGCUAUGGCUGGGCUGCAGAAGUCUUCGCCGUAUGUGCCAUGGGCUCCUUCCUUCCAAUCACCCUCGAACAAAUGACCAGAGAUCAAGGCGUUCUCUUGUCAGACAAGAAGACUCCGUGCAGUGCUAGCUGGCCGACUUCUCCAAUGCCGGGAUUAAAUUCUACAGCCCAUGUACCCCGUAAGGGCGCACCGCAGUGCAUAAUUUAUGUUUUGGGUUUCGAAGUCAACACCGCCAGUUUCGCCAUGUACACUUUCUCGCUAAGCGUCCUGAUCCAAUCCGUGCUCAUAAUCUCCAUGUCAGCGGCUGCGGAUCAUGGCGUAUACCGUAAGAAAUUCCUUCUAGUGUUUGCUUUCAUGGGUGCAUUGUCCAUGAUCCUGUUUCUCUUCCUUCUUCCCCGGUUUUAUAUACUGGCUGCGGUUCUUGCAAUUGUUGCAAAUACGGGCUUUGGUGCUUCCUUCGUCCUGCUGAAUUCGUUUUUGCCGCUUCUUGUGCGCAACAAUCCCUCGAUACAAGCAGCGCGCUACGCUGCUGUCGGGGGAGAGCGAAGGGAUGUUAUUAACAGUAUUGACGGGAGCAAUCCCUCAUCUCCAGCCGAUGAAGCUGGGCGAGGAACGCCUGGAGAGGAUCCCUUGGGCGAUUCAGCACUGGUAUCUGCCGAGCUGAAGUUAUCCACUAGAAUAUCCUCCAACGGCAUUGGAAUAGGCUACAUCGCUGCUGUUCUGGUUCAAAUUGGCUGUAUUCUUUUAGUCGUUGCGACCCAUUCAACCACCUUUUCCCUCCGUCUUGUUCUUUUCAUCAUCGGCUUAUGGUGGCUGCUUUUCACAAUCCCCGCUGCAUUAUGGUUACGCCCUAGGCCUGGCCCUCCGCUUCCGGAUUCGACAUGGGGAAAAGGCAAUUGGGCUUGGGUGGGCUAUAUCGCCUUCGCGUGGAUCUCUCUUGGCCGGACGAUACUACGAGCUCGCCAACUCAAAGAUGUGCUCCUGUUUCUAGCAGCUUGGUUCUUGCUCUCGGACGGCAUCGCCACAGUGAGCGGAACAGCUGUCCUCUUUGCCAAAACCCAACUGGGCAUGAACAUUGCGGCACUUGGCCUCAUCAACGUUAUUGCCAUGCUCUGCGGCGUCUUUGGGGCGUUCUCAUGGAGUUAUAUAUCGCACCACUUCAACCUGCGCCCUUCCCGCACCAUCGUAGCUUGCAUCUGCCUUUUCGAGGUAAUUCCUCUCUACGGCCUUCUCGGUUUCCUCCCCUUCAUCAAAAAGCUCGGGGUGUUUGGCCUCCAGCAGCCGUGGGAAAUGUACGUCCUCGGCGCAAUCUACGGCCUUGUGCUUGGCGGUCUGUCCUCGUACUGCCGUAGCUUUUUCGGCGAGCUGAUCCCACCCGGGUUCGAAGCUUCGUUCUACGCUCUCUACGCCAUUACCGACAAAGGAUCGAGCAUGUUUGGCCCCGCAAUCGUGGGUGCUAUCACCGAUAGAUACGGGGAGAUCAGGCCUGCUUUUGGGUUUCUGGCGCUUCUCAUCCUGCUUCCGUUGCCUUUGAUGUUACUCGUCGAUGUGGAUCGGGGGAAACGCGAUGCGAAGGAGCUAGCUGAUGCUUUGGAGGGCGUGAAAACGACCGGUGUUAAUGGGGAUGGCUACGCUCCCGUCGCCACUCAUGAGUUUGAAGGAGCGUAG